ACAAAAAAAACAGAAGUUUAUUGACAAGUGCGUUGCACAUACACACGGGAGAAUUCAGGGAUGAGUAAUUCAAAGAAUUGGUUAGAACUUGGUCUUAUAUAGUAUUUUAACAAAAAUACAAUAAAUUUGUAGAGAAGCGACAAGACAAAGGAAGGGGUUCUCAGGGGUAUGAAUUGUGGGAAGGUAGAUAUAUGGGGAGAUUAAUGGAAUAUAAGGGUUAUUUAAGCAAGGUCUGUUGAGUAUAUUCCUCUGUUGCCUUCUCUAGGACGAUAAGACCCUAGAGUUGUCUUUGGUGAUUAAAAAUCAUCCAAUCCUUCCUGGUAGAAAGGGGGCGGCCAGAGAGUUUUUCUUGUGUCUCUCUAUUUUUUGUCUUUCACAAUUGUCUUCAGUUCAAAAUAAUCCAGUGCCAGAGGAGCACAUUUUACGGAGGCAUACUCUGAACUUCUUCAUUACCCAAUCAAGCAAAGCUGCAGAUUUAUUACUUUUUUAUAAAAUAAGAAAGAUGCUAGAUCCUUGUUUCUCAGUGUAUGGUCCUGGCCAGUGACAUUUGGAAACAUAUGAAAUGAAAAACCAUAGGCUGUAUGUCAAGGGUGCAUUAAUCAAAAUUUGCAUUUUGGCAAUACCCUUAGGUGAUUCAUGUGCCCAUUAGAGCUUGAGAAGCACUGCUUGGAAGCCCCUUCUGCCAUCAAUGAGGUAAAGCCAAUGUAUGCACCGUUUACUUUGCAGACCCAUUUUAUAGUCUAAAUGCCCUUAGCGAUAUUGGAUACAUGCAAUAAAUUUGGGUUUAUGCGGGAAACAACAUUCGGCGUUGGUGAACGCGAGGGUAGGACACAUGAGGAUGGAGAGAGAACAUUUCUAUUUAUAAAGGAAUUCCUAGAAUGAAGCCGCCAAAGUCUUCACUGUCUUUCUUCAAAACUCUGUCUCCUAAACAUAGGUUUUGGUCACGUGUACGUUUGACAGUAAUAGCUUCCCAAUUGACCUUCGAAUUUAUAGACUCUAUUCUCAAAACUAGUGCUUAGAAAUAAACUAUGAGAAUUUUAAAAACUGGUUUCACAAUGAUUUUUUGCCCUUCACCUGCUUUCAGUGUACUCACUUCCAAGUGGGCAUCAGGAUUUCCUAGACUGUUAGCUUCAGUGUAUUGUUCAAUAUGGAAAUAUUUUUUUUGAUGAGAAGUAUCUGUCAUAUAAUGUUUAAACAUGAAAUCAUCAAGAGAAGACAAAACUCAUUUUGAAACUAAUUUUAAAGUUACCUUUGGUGACUUUUGAACAUUAUUUUUGAAGACAAAUCUUAUGAAUUAGAUCAAUUUAGAAGCUACAACUGCUAAAUAACGUAUGUGACUAGAACUUAGGUUUAGUGGGCCAAUUUCUAAACAAAGACAAAAUUACAUGUUUCGGCCAGGGGCCGUGCAGAGUCUAGUUAAAAUGUAGUAAAUUCAGUCAGCGCUUUCUGGGUUUAGAUGUAAUCUGGGACUGAGCUGGAAUGUGGCUCAGAGUGGGAUGAAGGCAGAAAGACUGGAGUUGAAUCUUGGAGCUGAAAUGUAGCUAUUAGUGCAGUCCUUCCAGAAUUGCUGACAUUUUUGCACAUUUGUUUUCUAAACUGAUAAUUGGUUAUAAUAAUACAUAUCUCACUGUUUCAUUAAAAUAACUGAUAUUAACUAUGCCUCCAAACACAGAGCAGGCAUUCAAUGAAAGUUACAUCAUAUCUCCAAUAAUUACAUUUAAUUAUUGGAGCUCUUUCAUGAAUCCAUUCUUUUUAUCUUUCUAGGACUGUGUGAUUGGGUUAAAGGGCUCAGUGCGGGGACUCUGUUUUCUGGUUUAAGUACCACAAUGGACACAGGCAACAAAACUCUGCCCCAGGACUUUCUCUUACUGGGCUUUCCUGGUUCACAAACUCUUCAGCUCUCUCUCUUCAUGCUUUUUCUGGUGAUGUACAUCCUCACAGUUAGUGGUAAUGUGGCUAUCUUGAUGUUGGUGAGCACCUCCCAUCAGUUGCAUACCCCCAUGUACUUCUUUCUGAGCAACCUCUCCUUCCUGGAGAUUUGGUAUACCACAGCAGCAGUGCCCAAAGCACUGGCCAUCCUACUGGGGAGAAGUCAGACCAUAUCAUUUACAAGCUGUCUUUUGCAGAUGUACCUUGUUUUCUCAUUAGGCUGCACAGAGUGCUUCCUCCUGGCAGCCAUGGCUGAUGACCGCUGUCUUGCCAUCUGCUAUCCUUUACACUACGGAGCCAUCAUGAGUAGCCUGCUCUCAGCGCAGCUGGCCCUGGGCUCCUGGGUCUGUGGUUUCGUGGCCAUUGCAGUGCCCACAGCCCUCAUCAGUGGCCUGUCCUUCUGUGGCCCCCGUGCCAUCAACCACUUCUUCUGUGACAUUGCACCCUGGAUUGCCCUGGCCUGCACCAACACACAGGCAGUAGAGCUUGUGGCCUUUAUGAUUGCUGUUGUGGUUAUCCUGAGUUCAUGCCUCAUCACCCUUGUCUCCUAUGUGUACAUCAUCAGCACCAUCCUCAGGAUCCCCUCUGCCAGUGGCCGGAGCAAAGCCUUCUCCACGUGCUCCUCGCAUCUCACCGUGGUGCUCAUUUGGUAUGGGUCCACAGUUUUCCUUCACGUCCGCACCUCAAUCAAAGACGCCUUGGAUCUGAUCAAAGCUGUCCACAUCCUGAACACUGUGGUGACUCCAGUUUUAAACCCCUUCAUCUAUACGCUUCGUAAUAAGGAAGUAAGAGAGACUCUGCUGAAGAAAUGGAAGGGAAAAUAAAUCUCCUCUACCACAACAGAUGUCCUGUAAAUGGUCUCUGCAUCUAUACAGAGGUUCCAAGUAAGAAUGUGGAGGAAUAGGGCAAAUCUUUCUUGGUACACAGAGAAAAAACAAACAAACAAAACAAGCAAUACUGUAUUUUCUAUACAUUAUCAUGUAUGAUAAAAAUGGGAGUUUUUGACGUAAGCAAAUGGGAUUUUUAAGCAAAAAAUAAUUAUACAUUGAAUUAGGUUUGCUCUGGACUUUGGUUUAUAAAUUAGAGACAUCUGCAAUAAAAAGAGUGCUUUGGUAUAUCA